AUGGCAGCCAUAGGAUCAUUGGUGUUUUGCACCGGCUGCGGCGACCUCUUGCCCGUGUCCAAAGGCAGUGUAAAGAAUGUGUUGAUCUGCGAUUGCUGCGGUGCCACGAACAAAGAUACCGCUUCCAAGACGACCCUGACAGAAAGCAAACCUUCCGAUUUCCCUUCCUUGAUCCGACAAAACCGCUCCGUCGUGCGAACCGUGAACGCGCACGAGAUCCAAACCGAGGCUCUGACCAACGCAACCUGCGAGAAAUGCGGACGAACAGAAGUCAGGUUCUCGGCUGUUCAGCUUCGUGGCGCUGAUGAAGGGAGCACCAUCUUCUACACCUGCGCCUGUGGAAACAAAUGGAACACCAACAACUAA